AUGUGUGAGCUCUCAAACGUGCGCCACAUUAUGAAUUCACUCCAGCAUAAAUGUUCUUUAAAGGUAAAACAAGGUUUGAACUCGAAAAGAAAAUUGAAAUCACGUGCUCAGAGAAAAUUUCUGACUAGUCAAGAUGUUGUUGAGAAAAGGGAGAUCA